GUUCUGGGGUUUCCGCCCCUGGCUCCAUUUUUGAAUCCCGUGUAGCUUUUGUGAGGUGUCUGACAGCUGGUUUCCCUCCGUGUCACCUAUUCUGGCGGCAGGCCCCUCAGAGAGGACCCCUGCGUGCGUCCGAAGCGAGAAAUGGAGCCCGUUACCUUUGAGGAUGUGGCUGUGAACUUCACCCUAGGAGAGUGGGCUUUGUUGGACUCUUACCAAAAGGAGCUCUACAGAGAUGUGAUGAAGGAGACCUUUAUGAACCUGCUCUCCAUAGAGAAAACACAAGAAGAAAACAUUGAAGAGGACUACCAGAAUCUCAGGAGAAAUCUGGGAACUCAGGUGGUUGAGAAAGAUGGUGAAUAUGAACAUGAGAAUCAGUGUGAAGAAACCCAGCAACAGAUUCCAGCACAUAUUGUUAAUGAGGACAUGCUUCCUGCUGUAACAUUAUAUGAAAGCAGUUUGUGUGUAAGAAACGUCAUUGAUAAUUUACCCUCAGAUGUUCAUCUCAGUGAUCAAACUAAAGAGAAACUACCUGAGUGUAAGGAACCUGUGGAGAAUGCUUUUAAACAUGAGAAAUGUUGGGAAGACGUGGGUCAUUCUGGGUCAUUUCAGGUACAUGAAAGUUCUAGAGAGCAAUCCUAUGAAAGUCAAUGCACUCCAGCUUGUGGGAGUCUCCAUUAUGAUCAGCAUCAGGAGAGAACUUACACUGGAAAUAAGCACAAUGAGAAUGCCUUUACAAACUCUACCAAUGGACAGACAGAUGAAAGAGUCUAUGCUGAAGUAAAACCAUUCGUGUGUAAACAGUGUGGAGAAGCCUUUGUUAAUUCAAAUCACCUUAUCAGUCAUGAGCGAAUUCAUAUUGUAGAGAAGUGUUAUAUUUGCAAACAGUGUGGAAAAACAUUUAGAUAUUUGUCAUGCUUUCAAAAACAUGAAAGAAUUCACAGUGGAGAGCCUUAUGCCUGUGAGCAAUGUGGGAAAGGAUUUAUUCAGUUGAAAAACCUUCUCAUGCACCAAAGAGUUCACACUGGAGAGAAUUCUUAUGAAUGUAAACAUUGUGAAAAAGUCUUCACUAUUUCCAAUGCUGAUCACGUUCAUGAAAAAAAUCACUGUGGAGAGAAGCCUUAUUCAUGUAAGCAUUGUGGAAAAGCUUUCACUAGUCCCGAUGAUUAUAAUAGUUGUGAAAGGAUUCACACUGGAGAGAAUCCCUUUGUAUGUAAAAAAUGUGGGAAAGCAUUCAAACGUUUGGGUCAUUUUAUGAAUCACGAAAGAAUUCACACUGGAGAGAAGCCGUAUGCAUGUAAACAUUGUGGAAAAUCCUUCACCAGUUCCAGUGACCGUAAUAGUCAUGAAAGAAUACAUACUGGAGAGAAACCCUUUGUAUGUAAAACAUGUGGGAAAGCAUUCAGUCGCUCUGAUUAUCUAAUCAGCCAUAGAAGGAUACACACUGGAGAGAAGCCUUAUGCAUGUAAGUAUUGUGGAAAGCCCUUUGCCACUUCCAGUGACAGAAACAGCCAUGAAAGAAUUCAUACCGGUAAGAGGUCCUUUCUAUGUAAAAAGUGUGGGAAAGUAUUCAUUCUUUCUGGUGAUCUAAUCAAGCAUGAAAGAAUUCACACUGGAGAGAAGCCUUAUGCAUGCAAACAUUGUGGAAAAGCCUUCACCACUUCAAGUGCCCGUAACAGUCAUGAAAGAAUUCAUACUGGAGAGAAGCCUUAUACGUGUAAACAUUGCACAAAAACUUUUGCCACUUCCAGUACCCGUAACAGUCAUGAAAAAACUCACACUGCAGAGAAGCAUUUUGCAUGUGACCCUUGUGGAAAAACCUUCAACAGUCAGAGUUCCUAUUACACUCAUAAAAAAAUUCAUUCUAUGAAAGAGAAACUUUACAUAUGUAAACACUGUGGGAAAGAAUUCACCUAUUGUGGAAAUUUCCUCAAGCACGAAAGAAUUCAUGCUAUAGAAUCCUUGUCCAUGUGAGCAAUCUGUGACAACAUCUGUGUCCUACAUACCAUCACAAACCCAUACAAAGUUUCAUAAUGAAGAACUUGCUCAACUAGAAACAGCAUGGCAUUCUGUGUGGUCAACUUACCUUUAUUGCGAGGUAGGAAAAAAAGCAUUUAGAUGACCAUGAGAUGGCUCAGUUAGUAGAAGUUCUUUUGGGCAGCCUGGUCUCAGUUUUAACCAUGGAAGUCAUGUGGUAAAAAUAGGGAACCAAUUCCCAAAUGUUGUCUUCCGAGUCCCACAUGCACACCAUUGAAUGUGUGUGUGUGUGUGUGUGUGUGUGUGUGUGUGCACAAAUGAAGUAAAUAAAU